GAGGGGGCGCUGUGGAAUAUGAUGCAGACUGUAAAAUGUUAUGCCACAGUCUAUGGCUACUUCCGAGCUGAGACACUAGCGGAGCUGUGAUUUCUCAGAGCCGGACUGUGCAGAGAAACAAUGAGGUGACGCAGACAGAAGGUUGUGGAACUGCACAAGUCAUGCCUUUCUUGGAAUUCAUAGCCGGAAGCAUUUCAGGUGCUGUUGGACUUGCAGUUGGACAUCCUUUAGAUACUGUGAAGGUGCGCCUGCAAGCCCAGUCUGCGUAUAAGGGGAUAUUUCACUGUGUGGCUAAAACGUAUGCUCAUGAAGGGCUCAAUGGAUUCUUCAAGGGCAUGGCAUUUCCGGUGCUGACCACCGGCAUCACCAACUCCGUUGUAUUUGGCUCUUACAGCAAUGCUUUAGAUUACCUCACUCAGUCUCCGCGUAGCGAACGCAGUCAAUGCAAGCCGGCCUCUGCUGCACAGGUCUUUGCUGCCGGCUCCUUCUCAGGACUGGUGCAGGUGCUGGUUUGUGCACCCAUUGACCUGGUAAAGGUGCGCCUGCAGGGUCAAACAGCCGCUGACCGUUACCGCGGACCCUUCCACUGCGUUGCUGUCAUCCUGAAGGAGGAGGGUCCCCGGGGUCUGUUCAGAGGAGGGCUGGCCCUCGCUCUGAGAGAUGUACCCUGCUACGGACUCUACUUCCUGCCUUACGAAGUGACUCGUAGUGCUCUGAGUGAGAGCGGUCAAGAGCCAGGUAGUUUUGCAAUACUGAUGGCGGGUGGUGUAGCCGGUGUGGUGACCUGGGCCUGUGCCACACCCAUGGACGUUGUGAAAGCUCGGCUCCAGAUGUCGGGUGCCGGCGGCCGGCUGUACAGCGGGGUCCUCCACUGCAUGAGAGUGAGCAUCAGGGAGGAGGGAGUGAGGGUCUUUUUCAAAGGCCUCCUCUUGAACUGUCUGAGAGCCUUCCCUGUCAACGCUAUCACAUUCCUCAGCUACGAGAGUCUCAUGAAGAUUUUCUAUCCACCAGCAAAACCAACUCAUUCUUGAGUGUGAAUAGAGGCAAAAUGAAAUGACCUCUUGUGGAGAUUUUAUAAUACAAUUUGACUGUGAGUUUCAUGUUCUUAUGGUUAUUUUGUUUUCCACUGAAACGGUGAUUUAAGAUGAUGAGUACUAAAAUACGGUUUAAAGUCUUCAUGGAAUAGGUCAACUCUCAUGUGGCUAAUGUCAGAAACAGAGACACUUUGAAGGUGACAUAUUUUGCCUUUAGUUAGGUGUCCUGUGACCUAAUCAGCUUUGAUUAAAUAUAUCAGUGUUAAGCUGUUUAAUAGAAAUCACAUCCACUAUACUUGACAAAACGAGGAUGGAAAUUAUUACAUUUGUUGCACAUAAAACACAAACAUUUACCAUUUUUUUUUACUAAGGGGAAUUAAAGUACAGUAAAGGGUUUUCUUAAUAAACAAUACAAACAAAUGUAGUUGAUUUUAUAUAAAUCUUGACAGUCAUGGAUAAAUAAAUGAGCAACUAGGUGGAAGAGAAUACCCGAUCUUUGGUGUUUAGUUUAAAAUAGUUGAGAUUAUAUAAAGUAAAAUCAAAACUGAAACAUUCCAUAGGGCUCAAAGCUCUGGACAUAAUAGAGAGUAGACAGAUUCUGAUGUGUUGUCACACUUUUGAAUUCCAUUGAACUGUAUAUACAUGUAAAUGUUUUUAAAAUUGCAUUGUAUUGAUUGUACAAAACUAUCACAAGCACCUUUUGCCUUUUUCCACAUGCAUAUUUUCAGUCGCGAGUAGCAUUAAAACACCUCAACACCUCUUCGCUGCGCUCAUGUCAGCAGCAUGCCGUAAGUGCUUUACUCUAAACUUCUAACUCGAUGUAAUUAUUUCAAUACUUUGUCACUUUUUUAUGUUCAAAGCAAUAUUAUAAACUGACAUUCACACUUAACACAACAGCAGAGCCAUAUUCAGAGCUUUAGUAGUAAAUGCUUCUAUAUUAUCAUCCACAAAUGACGGAUGUAUUCAUCUCAUUCGUUCAUUUUUGAUACUUUGAAGCACAUUGUUGUUCGUUGUGUAAAUAAUCUAGUCUACUCUAAGCAGUGGUAAAGACCUGAGGUAAAGUCAUGGGCUUCACUACAGAGGCUACAGAAGACUAAACAAACCAGUGUCGACCACCACAUUAAUAAAAUUCGACACCAUGUUUGGAGUCCAUCCCAGCUGA